AUGAGUUCCUCUCAUGAUCAGAAUGUUAAUUUGACUGCAGAUCCGCCAGUUCUCCUUCCUGACUGUGACGGAUGGUACAGAUCCAUGGAUGCAGAAUCUGUUGCCAUUGAAGCAGACCAGCUGCGAACAGAUUUUUCCAAAGAAGCCAGACGGGUUUAUAUCGAGAAUGAGAUGAAAGAUAGUAGUAGUAAUGAAUUGAUGGAUGGUGGAUACGAAUUGGAAGAUAGCGACGAUACUGCUACACAAAGCAUGAGAAUUAUCCCUUCUAGCUCUACCCUGCAUUCUGGUCCUACCAAUGUCUUUCAACGGUCGGAGGAUCCUGCAGUUGAAACCGUGAUAUCUCAUGAACCAACUCAGAGUCCCGGGGUAUUCGAACUUCAACCUAGCAGUUAUCAAAAAUUAGACGAGUCUGUAGCGAUUGCAGGGACCACAAUACAUUCAAAGGACGCAAGCGGGGAUGAUAUCGCAAUAGAUAUUGCCGAGACACAAAGGCACUUCAUUACAAAUUCUGCAUUUCCAGUGCUAGACAUCCCUGUAUCGCCUUCAUCGAACGAGGGUGAUCAAGGAGAAAACCGACGCAAAUUUGAAGACGACGAACUCGACAACUCCACUAGUCCACUUCCACUUUCAGAUGCACUGGCGUCUGUUAUGCGUGCAUCAAAGGAGGUCUGUAAUCCAACAGAUAACGACACUGAUCAAUGCAGACGGAAAGAAGACGAAUUUGGUCCUGGACUCAAACUCUUCCACGCUCUUCGAGAUUUGAUUCUACUUGAUCUGGAUCUUCCCAAAAUCCUGUUCACAGCAGGUUGUAUCGGUUACUUGCUCUUUCUGGUUCGAGCACUUUGGAAGAUUGGAAUCAUGUUUCAUGAUCAACCGCUGGGCAGAUAUCAGACACAAUCGUCUUUAUUGGUGCUUUCAUAUGUACUUCCAUUUUGUGGUGGAUACUCUGCGUGA